AUGACAUUGAAAAAAGUAUAUGGAAGCUUUAAUCAAACUAAGGAUAUCGAAAAAACACAACAGUAUUGUUUUGAAUGUCAAAUUGAAGCAGUGGGAGAUUAUGAAAAGAUAUCUGAAAGCGGGAUUGCAGAAGACUGGGCCAUCCUCUCAUUUGAAAACUAUAUGGAAAUUCGUAAAAUCACAACAUCUGGUAUUAUUUCAACAAUUGCUGGAACUGGAACAGCAGGAUAUAAUGGUGAUGGUUCAUCUGCAACAAGUGCUAAAUUAUAUUUUCCUUAUGGAGUUGCCAUCAGUUCAAGUGAUGAAAUUUAUAUUGCUGAUAUGGAUAUGUUCAAUAAUAGAAUUCGUAAAAUCACAACAUCUGGUAUUAUUUCAACAAUUGCUGGCGGUAUAGGCGAUGGACUAUCAGCAACUACAGCUUACAUUAAUGCCAUUACUGGUGAUGGUUCAUCUGCAACAAGUGCUCAAUUAUAUAAUCCUUAUGGAGUUGCCAUCAGUUCAAGUGAUGAAAUUUAUGUUGCUGAUUACAAUAAUAACAGAAUUCGUAAAAUCACAACAUCUGGCAUUAUUUCAACAAUUGCUGGAACUGGAACAUCCGGCUAUAGUGGUGAUGGUUCAUCUGCAAUAAGUGCUCAAUUAUAUAAUCCUUAUGGAGUUGCCAUCAGUUCAAGUGAUGAAAUUUAUAUUACUGAUACAAACAAUAACAGAAUCAGAAAACUUAGUCCUUGGUGCACUGGAAAUGCCAUUCUUUUAGAUGGAUCUUGUGAGUAUCCAUGUUUUGGAACUACAAACAAAAUUCCAGCUGUUGUAUGCUCUGGAAAAGGUUCAUGUAUUGGCUAUAAUCAAUGCAAUUGCACAGCUGAUUACUUUGGUUACAAAUGUGAUGAAUUUUAUUGCUAUGAGUUGUUGAGAAAUCACUCUGGUGUUUGUUCAUCCCAAGGUAUUUGUACUUCUCCCAAUGAGUGCUCUUGUUCAUCCGGUUAUUAUGGGGAAAAUUGCCAAUACUUUUAUUGCCACUCUAUUCCGUUCAACUCUUCUACAGUAUGUUCGUCAGUAGGAACUUGUAUUGGAUUGAAUAAUUGCUCGUGUAAUCCAGGAUAUUCAGGGUCGUAUUGCCAAGACUUUACUUGUUAUGGUGUUAGUUCUAAAAACACUACCGUAUGUUCUUCUCAUGGCACGUGUACAUCUCUAAAUAAUUGCUCUUGCGUUACUGGUUAUUAUGGAAAUAAUUGCGAGAAUUUUGAAUGUUUCGAUAUUCUUUUCACUAAUUCUACAGUUUGUUCUAGCAGAGGAAAAUGUUUCUCUCCUAACAAUUGUACAUGUGAUUCUGGAUAUUAUGGAUCUAAUUGUGAAAUGUAUGAUUGUUAUGGAUUGUCCAAAAACAGUUCUAAUGUAUGUUCAGGGCAUGGAAGUUGUACUUCAUUCAAUAAUUGUACAUGUAGAGAUGGUUACUUUGAUUCUAAAUGUGAGUCAUUUAAUUGUGCCGGAGAGAAAUUCACUGGUCAAAGUCUUUGUCAAAAUAAUGGAACUUGUUCUGGCCCUGGAAAUUGUGUUUGUCCAUAUAAGUUUGGAGGAGCAAGAUGUGAAUAUUUUAAAUGUUUUUCAGUGACAGCCAACGAACCAAAAGUAUGCGGAGGACAUGGUACAUGUCUCAACUAUAACAAUUGUUCUUGCUCAGAAAAGUGGUUUGGAGAAGAUUGUUCAGUUACUAAUUGUUUUAAUAUAACAUCAAAUUCUAGUUCUGUAUGUGGUGCUAGAGGAAAUUGUAGUGAUUAUGACAGGUGUACUUGUAAUAAUGGUUAUAUUGGUAGAGAAUGUGAACAUAUUGUUUGUUAUGACAGGAUUGAAAGUGAUAGAAUGGUUUGCUCUGGAAAUGGUAAAUGUAUAUCACCAAAUAAUUGUACAUGUGAAAGUGGUUUUGUUGGAAAUGAAUGUCAAUAUCAUGAAAUUUAUUUGAACACAUCAUCUGCAAUGAUAUUUUCUUUCCAUGAUAGUCUAAUGAAAAUGUUGCCAAAUGGCAGUGAAAUAUUUUCAUGUAAUGAUAUUUUUGAAGAAUCUGAACUAAUGAAAUUUGGCGAAAAUUCUAUUUUAUGUCAAUGGAGAAAGAAAUCAAUGCAAAUUUAUCUUGGUUUUGAUUACACAAUUCAACAUUACUCGGUUAUUCAAACCAAAUUUAAUUUUUCAAUGAUUGUGAACAGUUUAACCAAUAAUGAUGUUUCUUCUUCCAGUUGUACAUUUGGAUACUCAUUAACAGAAGCAUCACCAAUGUUAGAUUUAGUAAUACGUUUGAAUUGUGAUGAUACUUUACAUGGAUUCACGAAAAUGACAAGUAGAUGGAUAUGUAGUCAAUGUAGUGGCGUUAUUUCAUCAUUGUUAAACAAAUAUUCCAAUAGAACAUUUAUUCAUAUUCCAAUUUCAUAUACAAACAGUUUAAACCCUAUUCAAGGAUAUAAGAUUAUUAAUUUACAAGCUCUUUAUUCAUCUGGAGUGACUAGUGAAAAAUCAAUAAGUAAGGAAGUGAAGAUACAAACCUAUACAAAAUCAUUACCCCCUAGUUAUUACUGGUUAAGUGAUAAUUUUGACGGAAAGGCAUAUUCCUGUAUUGGUCAUAAUUGUAUUUUAGAAACUUCAUUGAAUAGUUUAAAUUCUUCAAUUUCAUAUUCAUUUUCUGGCUUUUUCAGUUUAUUGAAUACUGAUUUAUAUUCCAAACAAAUGGUUAGAAUGAUUAAUGAAUAUUCAGGAGGAGUUUUAGACAGUGAAUUUAAUUCUAAUAUGCAAGUUUUUGGAGUUCAAUUGAAAACAUAUGUUUUCUUACCUUUUACUAUUGACUCUUUUAAAUAUUCUACAUUUAAAAAUUUGGAUUUCGUAAUGACAGGUGUUAAUAGAACCUAUUCUAUCAACUCUGAUGAAACAAUACGUAUUGAGCUAAUGAUUGAUGAUCCUUAUAUUUCCAAAUAUACUUUAAGUGAUUAUAUGGAGUUUUCUUGGCAAUGUUUCAAAGUUUCACCUUUCAACAAAUCUCAACAUUUAAGUGAUAACUUGUGCUCUUCUACUAAAUCUUAUCUUGAACAAAUAGAUAUUAAGCAAAUAAUGUCUUCAAAAGAAGGUUCUUAUUAUAUUACUGCUUUAAUAUCCUCCAAUAAGUAUUUUAUAACAACAGUUUAUCAUUAUGAAGGUUAUAUUGAGUUCUUAGAUAUUUCAAAGCUCUCUCCAAAAAUAACUACAGAUUAUAUACCAGCAAUUACACCUUCCCAUAAGAAUAUUUAUAUGAGAAAUGUAGUGAAAUCUUCAACAAUGGUUUCAUUUAUAUGGAAACUCAAACAAGGAUAUUUAAAUAAUAUUGAUAAUAAUAUUGAAGAAUUUCUUCAAGAUAAUACAAUUUACAGAACUAUAAUGGAAAAUGAUAUUGAAAUAAUUUUAAAAAUUGAUAACAAACAUUUAAUUGAAGGAGAGGUAUACGAAUUUGAAUUGUCAACUACCAAUUCAAACGGAAUUACCACUAUAUCCAUUUCAACUAGAAUUGAUUAUAGUCCAAGAUUAUCCUGUGAUGUAGAAAAUUUGAAACAUGAUGUUAAUUUUACAAGUUUUGAAACUUUGAUAGGUAUUAACUGCUUGAAAUUACCAUAUGAAAGUAUUUCAAGUUUUGUAAUGGAAUUUCAUUCAAACAACGAAAGAUUAGGUGUAAUAUCCAAUACACCAAAGAAAUCUUUGAUAACAAAGCUACCGUACCCAUAUUCUAAAGAUGGUAGAAUUGCUCUUGUCGUAAAACUUCAAAACUUAUAUGGUUCUAUUGGAAUUUUUAGAAAAAAUAUUAAGAUUGAAUUACCUAGUUAUUUGUUAAAUGACAAUUCUAUCCUAUCAAGAUUUAAUUAUAUUUCAGAUCAAUUCCAAAUUCUUAAAAAUUCUAAACCACUCAAGAUGGAAAUUUCCAGUGAAAUGAAUAGUUUACUCACCCUCUUAAUUCAAAAUGAAACUCUUUCAACAUUAUCAGACAGCAUUUUGAAAGAAUUUAAUCCAAUGAAAAUAAGUUCAUUUAAUUCAAUGCUUGGUGAUAUGUUGAAAAUAACAAAGAGUUUAUGGGAUAUUACUUACAAAGUUGAUGAAAGAGUUAUUCAAUUAACUUUACCAAUAAUUUACAAGAUUUCUAACAUUUUAAAAACAACAAUUAGUGAUACUUCAUCAUUAUCAACAUUUAGUAUUGAAUUAGAAGCUUUUUUGGAAUUAAUUUAUUCAGGAAUGAAGAAAGCACUUAAUUAUUAUCCAACUUUCAUUUAUAAUGAUUUACUUGAUAAUUAUCAUUUAGAAGAAAUUAAAUCAUUGCAAAAUAUUCUUGCAAAUAUCCAUCAAAAUAAUUUAGAUGAACAAUAUAAGAUCCAUAAAUUUGCUUUAGAAUAUUUCAAGUUAACAGGGAAUAAUGGCGACAAUUCAAGUUUUGUCGAAGAUUUAGAAUAUUCAUCUUUAUUGAAUGAGAAAUCAAUUUCACUCACAGUUUCCAACUUUAAAGUUGAUAUCAAAUUGCCUAGUGACUUUUCUAGUCAAAUUUCUCUAACUUCCAAAUCUAAACUAUUCUAUUCUAUUAGAUCAUUUAAUUCUCCAACUAGACAGGAAACAACACUCCUGCAAAACAAACCAAUUGUAGAUCUAUCUCUGUUAGAUACAUCAUACAAUACAAUCACAGUGAAAAAUAUUAAUCCACCAAUAAUAUUCAAAUUUCAAGGCUUAAUUACAAACAACAAAACUGGUAUUAACACUACUUGUGUUUUUUAUGAUACUACCUUAAAGAUAUGGUCAACUAGUGGACUUGAGACCUUAACAACAAUUAACAAAAGAACAGAUGACUAUAUUUACUUUGAUAUGGAAUGUAGAUCUAAUCAUUUAUCAGUGUUUUCCAUCCAAGAAAUUAAUUAUAACUCUCCAAUUGUGCAAACAUCUGGUUUAUCAUCUACAAGAUCCGUUUCUAGUAAUGAUUCUAUAUUAAUUAUCAUCUUAUCUACAGUAAGCAAGCAAAAGAAAGCAAAUGAACUUGCGAAAACUAAUGCUAAUAAUAUUGAACUUGAAGGUUUUUCGAGUACUGAUUUCCCGACAGAAGGAAGUAUGUUUAUCCAACCUCUCAUGAGCAUUUCUUCAAAUGGAACUACUAGCGAAGCUUUCAAUCCUCUCUCUAGAUAUUCCAACUUGAUAAGAAUUGGUCAAGGAGCUUUCGGAUCAGUCUUUAAGGCCUUUGAUAGUAAAACAAAUUCGGUGAAAGCUAUCAAAGUCAUUAAAUAUUCUUCCAUGGAAGAAUUGAAUAAUUUUAUGAAAGAAGGAACUCAAUUAAUGAAUGUCAAUCAUCCCUAUAUUUUACGGGUGAAUGAAUUCUUUGUUAGUAAGGACCAAUUACUUUGUAUUGAUAUGGACUUUUAUGAGCUGGGAGAUUUAGUUAAGUUAACAAAUAUUGAUUUUGAUUGUUCUGAAAAAUUGAUCAAACAAAUAAUUUAUCAAAUGUGUCAAGCUCUUGAUUAUAUUCACUGUACUAUGAAAAUAAUUCAUAGAGAUAUCAAACCAUCCAAUGUUUUUGUGAAAAGCUUGGAAAAAGAUAAUAUCCACAUAAUUGUGGCAGAUUUUGGGUUAGCUAAAUCUAAUAUUGGAUCGACAAAUAAUUCCUAUGCUGGUACUCCUAUAUUUAUGUCCCCUGAGCUUGGUUUGGGUGGAAAGUACUAUUACAACACUGAUAUUUAUAGUUUAGGAGUUACAAUCUAUCAAAUCAUGACAAAAGAUACCUUUACAUCCAUAAGUCAAUUAUACCUAGUUACAAGAAAGUGGUCAAUAUUCUUCAAAACUUGUAGAAUUGGUAGUAUUAAUGUUAACCAAAGAUAA